AUACGGGUGCACGCGGCGAGGUCAGACCAGCAGCAUCUCUCUCUCUCUUGCGCGCGCUGUCCGUUAAUCUGUCGGCUUAUCUGCUAAAGCGAUGAAACCUCUGCAGCGGCGAGGAGAGCGCGCGCGGGGCUUAUAAUCGAUCAUCAUUGAUCGGUAUCGAUCGGUGUCGUUUGCUGUCCAUAUCGGACAUGCACGCGCUCUGAUCUCGUCCUCGAGACGAAGGUGACUCGCAUCGCGUGCAGUCGGUGGCAAUGCAGAGACGAGUUCGUGCGCGCGACGAGGAGCCGCGGUGCGCGUGACAGACUGAUCAACUGGAGAGCGAGAAAAAAACCAAAUCCCGCGCGUGAGUGAGAGCGUGUGCGCGUGCGAUCGAGCGUGUGGAGGUGGGGGUGGUGGCGCGCGCCUCGGCUCGGUCUCCUCGCUGGAUGUGUCCGCAUGAGCGCCGCACCGACCGGGCGCAGAACCCGCCCCGUCCUCCAGCCGGGCAAGCCCGGGGAGCGCGAGCCCGAGCGCGCGGAGGGAGCGGACUGCAGGAUGGUUGUUCAGGAGUUCAACACUCUGGUGGCUCUGUAUCGGGAACUGGUGAUAUCGGUGGGGGAGAUUUCGGUGGACUGUCCUUCUCUACGGGCCGAGAUGCACAAAACCCGCACUAAAGGCUGUGAGAUGGCAAGGACGGCUCAUCAGAAACUUUCUGCAAUUUCAGGGCCGGAGGAUGGAGAAAUCCACCCUGAAAUCUGUCGGCUCUUUAUCCAGCUGCAGUGCUGUUUGGAGAUGUACCUGACGGAGAUGCUGAAGUCUGUGUGUCUCCUUGGAUCACUGCAGCUUCACAGGAGAGGGAAAGAUUCUUCCGCUCUGUUGAAGCCGGAGAGUCGGAAAGAGGAGAGCUCCGAUAUCCCCAUCCUGGAGGACACCUCUUCAUCUCCGCUGGACCAGCAGGCCCACUGCCACGUGGCCACCGACAUCGAGAACAUCGAGAGGGACAUGACGGAGAUGAAGAACCUUCUCAGUAAACUCAGGGAGACGAUGCCUUUACCGCUGAAGAAUCAAGAUGACAGCAGCUUGCUGAACCUGACCCCGUACCCCCUGGUCCGGCAGAGGAAGAGGCGCUUCUUCGGCCUGUGCUGUCUGGUGUCCAGCUAAGAGCUUUCAUCCAGGAUCUAACCACAAAGACUCCAUUUCCCACGAUUCCUCACAGUGUGCGUCAUUCAUCAAUCGACAGUGUUACUGCCAGUGCCCAGUUUCCCAAGCUAGCGUCCUCUGUUGGUGAAGGCGCUCUGAUUACUUACUGAUGCAGACCAACUGUACCGUCACUGAUAAUCAACACACACACACACACACACACACACACACACACAUAUAUAUACAGAUAUAUACGAUAUAAACAUGAUGUUCUUUUGAAAUAUGUGAAUGUAGUUUAUGUUCAUCACCAUCAUGCUCUCUGCUGUGUUUAUCCUCCUCCACAGUGCCCCCUGCUGGUGCAAAUGAUUCCAGCCUAAUAAACUGCGUUCCCGUUUAUUUUGCAUGCUUACUGCAGAACACGAGCCACAUUCACACGUCUCAGCUGCAAAUAUAGCCACACAACAGAAACAAACGCUGGACGUGUCUGGUCUCGUCUUGGCCCUGAACUUCGUCUUUCUCCCUGCUUCUCCUCCACUUUAAUUCUGUUAUUUAGUCUUCCACAAACCGAAAACCUGUAAACUUCUGUUUGUGUCCAUCUUUAGGGAUAAACAGCACCUGAAAAAGCCUUUGUACAUAAUAAAUAAAUCUAUAUACUGAAGCUCGA